AUUAAGUACUUAGGAAGAAGUAGAGAAGCACAAGACUAAGAGAGAGCGUUUCUUCUCUCAAAAUGGUGAAGGCAGCAGAGAAGUUCCAAGGGAUCUGUAAGGAACUGGACAAGUUCUUGGAAGCUAAAAUGGACAGUGCACGAGAAAGAAGGCAUUCCAGAGAGGCAUUCAGGCAGAUUCAGCUUGGGAUUGAUCAUUGCUUAAUGAAGAUACCAUAUGAAGGUUUAAAGAUAGAAGAGUCUUAUGAAGCUAAUUCCAGAGGACUAGAAAUAUUUUCAAAAAGCUGGCUUCCUGAGAAUUCUACCCCCAAGGCAUUGAUUUUCUAUUGUCAUGGUUAUGGUGAAACAUGCACUUUUGUGUUUGAAGGAAUUGCAAGAAAAUUAGCAGCUUCUGGCUAUGGAGUGUUUGCAAUGGAUUAUCCAGGGUUUGGCCUUUCAGAAGGUCUUCAUGGCUAUAUUCCAAGCCUUGAUAAGCUUGUCACUGAUGUUGCAGAACAUUUCUCUAUAAUCAAAGAGAACCCCAAAUUCCAAGGCCUCCCAAGUUACCUAUUUGGGCAGUCACUGGGGGGAGCAGUAGCGUUGAAGGUGCACCUAAAACAACCAAAAGCAUGGAGUGGUGCCAUUCUUGUUGCACCUAUGUGCAAAUUUGCAGAUAAUAUGAUCCCACCAUGGAUAGUGGUACAAAUUCUUACAGGCAUAGCUUAUUUGUUUCCAAGGCUAAAAAUAGUCCCACAUAAGAAUUUUGUCAAGAUGGCUUUCAGAGACUUAAAAAAGCAAGAAUUGGCAGCAUAUAAUGUUAUUGCUUACAAGGAUACAGCUCGCCUCUGGACAGCUUUAGAGUGCUUAAGAACCACCCAAGAGCUUGAACCACGAUUACAAGAGGUUUCUCUGCCAUUACUAAUUCUGCAUGGAGAAGCUGAUAUUGUAACAGAUCCAUCUGUGAGUAAGGCUUUGUAUGAGAAGGCAAGUAGUUCAGACAAGAAGCUCAAGCUUUAUAAAGAUGCUUAUCAUUCUCUUCUUGAAGGUGAACCAGAUGACAUCAUUUUCCAAGUUCUUCAUGACAUUAUUUCCUGGCUUGAUCACCGUUGCAAAAAAGGCAAUCUUUAAUUUAUUUAUUUUUUUAGAAAAAAAAAUAAUGUGUUGUUGAUUAAUCUUGUACAACAUUCAAUUAAAUUUCCAGAAAGUUAAUUUCUCCAAGGU